AAGAUCUAGCAAGAAUUUUUAUCAUUAAUUAAAUAUAUAAUUUAGUUAUUUGGCAAUAAUAAAUUAAAGAGCAAUAUAUUUAUAAAUACUAAUUUGGCUAAAAAAUCUUUAGAUCUUUUCAAAUUAAUGGAUAGGAUUAGCAACAAUUUUAUGAAUUCACUAAGAAGUGAUAAGACUCCUAGUAAAAGUGGUUAAAAGAGUAAAAAUAACACUCCAUCUCCUUAUCCACAAAGAAAUCAUCUUUCUAAUAGUGGAAAUAACACGAAAAGAAGAACGUUAACAUAAAUAGGAACAUAAUCGUAAAAAGUAGGAAAUAAAACAUAAAGGUACUCCAUAAAUUAGCUAAAUAAAUCAGUGUCUCCUCAAGCCUCUUAGGCACAUUCUUUUGGAGUAGAUAAGGUAAUUUAGCAAAAAUAAAGUACAAUUGGUAAUGAUUAUAUGAAAAUAUUCAAUAUGGAUAACAUAGUAAAUGCUCAGCCUAUUCAAAAUAAGAAUUUUAAUCAGAAUUAUAAAUAAGAUUAACCUUUAUGUGAACAAAAUUUUAAUAAAAACAUUGAUGUAUCACCUAAUCAAUAUUUUUCUUCAAACACAUUUAGUAGAAAUGCAGAAUAAGAAUAAGAAAAAGGAUUUUAAAAUUAAUUGUAAUAAAAGUAGAGAACUAGCAGCAUUAGUUACACUAAUAACUUAUUUGCUUAACAGAAAAGAGAUGAAUAAAAUCCAUUCUUUAAAUAAGACGCUCCUAUAAAUAGUGCAAAUGUAUCUUCCAUUUAAUAAAAAAGUGCGACUUGUAUAUAAGAUGGUUCUCAAUUUUUUAGAAAUAAAUACUAAUAAGAAAAAUUAUUUUAAGGAGCUGAAAAAAAUAAUUAAUCUUCAAGUGAAAUGACAGUUGAGUUUGAAGCAAAUAGAAAUGAAAACAAUAAUUUUUUUGCUGCAAAUUAAAAACAAUAAAAUUCUGAAUCAAUCAUUUCAACAAAUUAAAAUAAAAAUUCUAUGUUUGAAGAAAAAUCUUAAAAUGAGUAAUCAAAUAAUAUGGCAAACAUUUUUUCAAUCAAGCCAAUGGGAUAAAAUUUUAUUUAAAAUCAAAAUACUGGAUUGAUUUUGUAAGAAAAGAGCAUUAAUCCUUAGGCUAGCUUAGAUAGCAGAUACUAAAUUAGCUAAGUAAUUUAAUAGAAAGAUCCUUUAAUAUCUUAAGUGCAUAUAAAGUAACCCUCAAACCUUAGGGAUCUGAGAUAACGUCAUAAAUAAAUGAAAUCUGAGUCAGGUGACAAAUCUUUCAGUUUACAAAGCAAUAUUCUUGAUAAAAUUAAAGAUUUUAAUGAUAAAAUGAAGAACCAAUCAAGAAAAACAUAAGAUGAAUUUAAAAGUGAGAAUUCAAAUAAAUAUCAAUAAGAAAAACCAAAAAGUAAUUCGAAAAUGUUAGCAGAUGACACUGAAAGCUAACUUUCAGCUGCAACAAUAAAUGAUGAAAAUAAAACACUAGAUGAUUCUCUCAUCUAAAACUUAGUUUCAGAUUAGAGUUAAGGAGUUAUUUAAAUGUGUUAAAAUUCGAAUAAUUGCAGCUAAUCAGAACCUCUUAAUAUACUAAAGGAAUCAAGAAUCAAAUAUUUAACAACAAAAUUAGACAUGAUCUAAGAAUCUAAUACGUCAAAAAGGAGCUUUGUAAGUGGUGCUUUCUUCUAGUCUUAGGUAGAAUAAAAAGAUAAAGAAAAUAUAUUUGGAAUUGAUAUGAAUUAAAACAGUCAAAACUAUUAGAAGAAUUUCAAUAUUUUUGGAAAUUAAAUGAAUGAUAUUUAAGCAACUAGAAAAAAUUUAUUUGGUAAAUAUGAUUACAAAGAAGAAAGUGAAAAUUUUGAAGACCAUGGUUAUUAAAAUGAGAAUCUUAAUUAAAAUAAAUAGUCUCAGUUUUUAUUUGAUAGCUCAGAUGAACAAUGUAGUGAUAAUUAAAUAAUUUAAAAAGGAAAAUUGAGUUAGAAUAACUAAUCUCAUAAAAAAAUUUAAAGUGGUCAAGACAUUAGUUUAGAAGGGAGAUAAAAUAUGACAAAUUCAAUACUUGACAAAGCUUUUAUUGGGGAUAUAACUGCAGUAUAUAGUGAAAAAAAGAGUAAUCAAUUAAUACGUGAAGAAAAAGAAGCUCUUAGCUAAGUAAUAAAUUAAAACUAAAUUCUAAACUCAAUAGAAAAUGAUAUUUUCAGUAAUAAUCAAGAUUCGAUAGGCUUUAGCUAGAAAGAUUAAUAGCUAAAACGUUUAGAUCAAAUGGGAUGCUCGGAUAUCUCACCUAUUUAGAGUUAAGUUUAAGUAAAAAGUAGUAAUUCAGGUAGCAAAAAGGAUAAUGAUUAAUUAAUUGAUGAAAUAGGUUAAGCACCAAGAAAUUCACUUUCAUUAGUUAAUGAAUUCGAAAUAUUGUAAAUUUAAAAUAUGAAUUCUUAAUCCUAAGAUAAGUAAGGGUAAAAUACUACGAUCCCUGAUAAAAAUCAAGUAUUAAUGUUAAAUUCAUAGUAUAAUGAAAACAGUCAUUUUCCUAAUUCAUAAAAUUAAAGUAAUAAAAUUGAUAGUAGUAAUAGCUAAUUAAAUGAAAAUUUACUUAAAGAUGAAAUAUAAACCCCUUUUAUAUAAUAAAAACUUAAAAAUUUUUUAGAAGACAUAGGCUAUUAUAAUGAUGAAAAAAAGAAGCAUUAAAUAAAUGAAAUAAUGUCUAAAGUUACUCUAGGUCUAGUUAUAGAUAAAGCAAACGCUUCAAAGCAAUAGUAUACAUUAGAAGAUAAAACAUCAAACUAACCAGAAAACAAAUCCCCAUAUCUAUAAGAAUACAAAAGUAACAGGAUAAGUAUAGGUUAAAAUUCUGAAUAUUUAUCUUGCUAAAGUAGGUUUAGCAAUUAAACUAUAAAUGACUUUCCUGCUAAUAGCUCACCAUAAACAAAAAAUCAUAAAAUGAUCACAUAUGAUUAAAGUGUAGUACAGAACCCUGUUUAAAUAAAAGAAGAUUUGGCAAGUGAACAUAUAACUGAUAAUAGCAAUAAGGCAGCUUAAGAUUAGGAAUAAAUAGAAAAUAAACACUUUGAGCAGCUUAAAAAAGAAGUGGAAUUUCUUUACAAAUCUUGUAAAGGAAAAGAUGAAGCUGAAAAAAAUAUUACAAGCAAAAUAUUUAAUGAUGUGCUUUAUCCUUAGUUAGGAUACAAGUCUGUAUUAGAAGCAUUUAAAGAAGCUAUUAAUAGGGCAAGGGAAAUGAAGUUUUUCACAAAACAAAAUAAAAAGGAAUUUAAUGAUUUGUUCACAUAGAUUAAUUAAGGAUAGGAUAUAUCUGAAAAUGAAAUUAACCAGAACUAAUAAACAUAAGAAAAAGAAGAUUAAAUUAAUAAUACAUAAGAUUAAAAAUCCAACAAACCUUCUUCCUCCAGAGGACUGAGAAGAAAAAUGCCUACAAGGGGAAAUAAAAAAAAAAAGGAAAGUCAAUCUCAGUUAGAAAUUAGUAAUGCAUCAUCAGAAUGUAUCAGCGAGUCAGAGAACGAGCAGAGCAAUUCUAUCGACUCAGAUAUAGAUAAUGCUAAGAAUAAAGGAAAAAGCAAAGCAAAUAAAUUAAAUAAAAACAAAAAAUUAAAAAAGAUUUGA